GUAGUUGAGCACAAUUUUACGAAAAUUUCUGAGGCUCUACACUUUUCUGGCAUUAUCUUUAAUCACACUACUUAUGAGAUAAAAGGGAUCAAAUUGGUAACAACUAAACAUGCUAUAGAAAGAGCCUUAAAUGUAAACGAAAAAUGGUUUUUGGAUGAAUACAAUCGGUUUUUGGAACACGCACGAAUAAAUUAUGAAAGUACAAUCGCAGCAAUAGAUAUGAUUCACGUGUCCAGCCUUCUCUUUUGUCGCCACCAAAUACUAUCUGAUAAUUUUGGCGAAGAUUUUGUUUUCAGCACAUUUCAGAUUACUCAUAUUUCAUCAGAAUUAUCAUAUGGUAUUGGCGAGUUCGUUUUGCAUUUCAAUGGUAGGGUAGGGGUUUGUGAAGGUAAACCUUUUUUAAACCUUUUAAGUCAACACCUUAAACUGAUGACUAUGGUGUUUAAUUGUUGUAGCAUGUUUUUUCUAUUCUUUCUUUUCUUGACCUACAUGGUAUUUCGAACAUUGCAAACCUUACCUGGUCUUAUUCUGAUGAAUGUCGUGAUAUCUUUGUUUUUUACACAACUUGUCUUUACCAUUUCAAAUCUUCUGGAAGUUCGUACAUCAACUUGCAUAAUCAUCGGAGUUCUUCUUCAUUACUUUUGGCUAACCCUUUCUUGCAGUCAGUUCACCUGCUGUUUACAUAUGUGUCGAGUUUUUGGGUUGUUCAGUACAUCCCAAUUAAGAUUUUCCAUGAAAACAUUCUAUAAUUAUGUUGUUUUUACUCAUUCAGUCCCAAUGUUACUUGUAGGAUUGUCGAUUGUGACAAACAUUUACAGAAACAACCAUAUUGGUUACGGAAUGACCGUGUGUUUUGUAGAAGAUACUUAUUCAAAUCUGCUAUCAUUUAUAAUACCUGUUGCGACUUCUUGCCUGGUAAACAUCGUUCUAUAUGUUUCUACUGUUUGUACAAUCAUUUGUCGAAAACAUAUUCAAAAGUCUAAAGAGGACACAUCCUAUAUCAUAAUUUCUCUUAAGCUGUUUUCAGUUACAGGAGGUAUUUUUGUUUUCACAAUUAUUGACGCCUUCCUACAUCUAUCGGUUUUUUCCUUCAUUACAUCCAUAAUGACGUCCUUGCAAGGAGUCUUUAUUUUCAUUAGUUUCUUCACAUCCCAUCAUGUUCUCUCUUUAUUUCAAAAACAAUGGAAAAGAAAUAAUACGAAUUCUUCUUUGAAACCAAAUAGCUCUACUGCGAACUAAUUGUAUGUUACAAGUAGUGAUUAUACCAAUCACAAUCAGGUACUCUUAACGGCGCUGUAUUCAAAACCCGGCUGGGUAUAACUUACAAUUCUAUAAAACGUGAUCGUGUGUGACGUAGUAGAGUAGAGCCAUUUUCCCAGGUGUGCGGUUGUGUUGCAAGUGGGGCGCACGGUUUAUCUACUAGCAU